AUGGCGGAGAAGCCUGGAAACAGAGCACCAAGCAAAAACAAUGUCAUGACAAAUCCAAUCCUUCUGGCCAAAGAUCGCAAUAAACCCACUAGGGACUAUGCAUGGCCAAACCUCUAUGAUUUCUCUUUAGAAAUCAUGAGGCCUUCCCUCGAUGGAAGCAUAUUCGAAAUGAAAUCGGUGAUGCUGCAGAUGAUCCAGACUGCAAGACAAUUCGGAGGUUUGAAAAUGGAAGAUGAUCAAAAUAAGAUCAACGAGACUUCCCCUCAAUUCAAGGCUCCACUGGAAUCAAUAAUGGAAGACAGACCUUUAAGUUCCAUGGCAGCAGAUUUGACGUCCGCGAUUCCAGCUAUACCAAUUUCCGUUGUACCGGCGGCAACAGCCAGACGCCGCCGCGGCAGGCCGGCUUCUCCAAGACGACCCCGAACAACCAAUCCCAUUCUUGCUUCUUUAGGUGGAAUUGCAAUGUCUGGCCACAACUUGAGACCACAUAGAAUCACCAUUUACCGCGCCCAGAACAUUGUGGACAAAAUAGUGGCAUUUUGUAAAGAAGGUCAUCAGGGAGCUAUAGUUUUGAGUGCCAGUGGUGGUGCCGUUAUUUCAAGUGUAACCCUUCGUGGGACAAAAUCUCAAGAUGAAAUCUCGUUAGAGGGUAGUUUUGAAAUAUUGUCAUUAACAGGGAGGUUUAUAGAGAGUGAAAGUGAAAGUGCAAGCGAAGUAAGAGGACGUCUUCAUUUAACCACUUCGUUGGUUUUGCAAGAUAUGAGUGUGAUAGGCGGCAUUAUCACUGGUCCAUUAAUAGCUGCUUCACGAAUGAGUAUUUUGAUGGGAACAAUCGAUCCAAUUACAUCUAACAACCCACAAGCCGAUAUGAUUCCAUUGGCGACCAAUUUAAACAUAACAGAGCCAUCUUCUCACUUUGAUGCCUCAGCAUCAUGCAGCAAAUUCAACAUCAACAACUAG